UAUCUCCCCACUGCCUUGUGCGUUUUGCAAAUUCUGGCUGUCAGCGGGAAUUUUGCGGCCCAGGCAUUCCUAGACGCUUUUCACGAUUAAACACAUCACGUUAUCGCCAAGACUGUGCUUGAAGAUCUUCUAAAGUGGUCAGCGAGAGUGUAUAAAGUAAUAUAAAAUCGAAAUCUUAGGUGGAAAUUAGUGAAAAGCGAAUUUCAAAAUGGCAUCUUCAGACACAGAAAUGGCCAAUUCAGAGACGAAUGGGGAGUGCAGCACGGGCGGCAAGGACGACAAAGACAUCGCGCCCUGCGACAUGACGUCCAGGGAUUACUACUUUGACUCGUACGCUCACUUCGGGAUCCACGAGGAGAUGCUCAAGGACGAGGUGCGGACGCUCACGUACAGGAAUGCCAUGUAUCACAACAAGCACCUCUUCAAGGGCAAGGUGGUGCUGGACAUCGGAUGUGGCACGGGGAUUCUGUCCAUGUUCGCCGCGAAGGCGGGAGCAGCUAAAGUGUUUGCUGUGGAGUGUUCAAACAUCGUGGACUACGCCCGCAAGAUCAUCGAGGUGAACAACUUGUCAGAAGUGAUCACGGUGGUGAAAGGGAAGGUGGAGGAAGUGGAGCUGCCGGGCUGCAGUCAGGUGGACAUCAUCAUCAGCGAGUGGAUGGGCUACUGCUUGUUCUACGAGUCUAUGCUGGACACGGUGCUUUUCGCCCGUGACAAGUGGCUACGGCCGGACGGCAUGAUGUUCCCGGACCGCUGCAGUCUCUUCAUCACGGCCAUCGAGGACCGCCAGUACAAGGAUGAGAAGAUCAACUGGUGGGACGACGUGUAUGGCUUCAACAUGAGCUCCAUUCGCAAGGUGGCCAUCACGGAGCCUCUCGUGGAUAUCGUGGAUCCCAAGCAGGUGGUCUCGAGUGCGUAUUUGGUGAAGGAGAUCGACUUGUACACGAUCCAGAAGUCGGAUCUGGAGUUUGAUUCACCAUUUAGGCUGAUCGUGAAGCGCAAUGACUUCGUCCAGGCCCUCGUGACGUACUUUACAGUGGAUUUCACCAAGUGUCACAAGCGUCUGGGCUUCAGCACGGCUCCCGAGGCGCCGUACACGCACUGGAAGCAAACCGUCUUCUACUUCGACGAGUACAUGACGGUGAAGAAGGGCGAGGAGAUCUACGGAACCUUCCGCAUGAAGCCAAAUGCACGCAACAAUCGCGACUUGGACUUCAACAUUGAUAUACACUUUAAGGGGGAAUUGUCAGAAAUGCACGAGCAGAAUCACUACCGAAUGCGCUAAAGAUUGUCCCUGAGAUUCUUAUCAGUCCUCCUCCCCACAACCCGGACUUUGCUGUAAGAAAAUACAGGACUUUUUUCAAGACCUUAUGUGAAUCAAUUGACGCGAGUGAGAGUCUUGAAAAAGCUGAAGUUCGUGGAUAAAAUUAUAAGAUAAAUACAGAUUACAAGAGACGAAUGAGUUUAAAAAAAACCUCGAGUAGUUAUCUUGCACGGAAUUCAAUUUGAUAAGAAAAAAAACUUAAUUUCUGAUCAUAGAACUUAAGUCAUUAAUUGUACUUUUUAUUUUUACGAAAUAUAUCCAUUCUGAUAGGAGAAAUGAUUUUUUCUUGUAA